ACAAGAAGUUACUGAGUCCAGGUAGGGGCACACAGGAAGAAGUGGUCUGGUUAAAUUAAAACUCGGGACCAAAGGAGACCGGUGUUUCAGUCUGGACGCGCAUUAUGCGCAGGAGAACUCAUUUUGAAAGAUGUACGUGAGUUAUCUUUUGGACAAGGACACCAGCAUGUACCCCAAUUCCGUGAGACACCCGAGCCUCAACCUGAACCCCCAAAACUUUGUUCCACCACCGCCACAGUACCCGGAUUUCACCGGAUAUCACCAUGUCCCUGGGAUUAACGCCAAUGAUCCCCACCAUGGUCAAACGGGGGGUUGGAACUCAGCCUACGCACCACCAAGGGAGGAAUGGGCACCGUACGGGCCAGGGACAGGGCCCACAACCUCGAACCCGGGGCAACUUAGUUUCAGCCCCCCGGAUUUUUCGCCUGUCCAGCCCCCUGGACUUCUUCCACCGCCAAUGAAUUCAUCCGUCGGUCAGCUCUCCCCAAAUUCCCAACGACGGAACCCGUACGACUGGAUGAGACGGAGUGCCCCUCCAACAAAUUCAGGGGGCAAGACACGGACGAAAGACAAGUACAGAGUGGUGUACACGGACCACCAGCGCUUAGAGCUGGAGAAGGAGUUCCACUACAGUCGCUACAUCACCAUCCGCAGGAAGGCGGAGCUUGCCACCGCCCUCAGCCUAUCAGAACGACAGGUGAAAAUAUGGUUCCAGAACAGACGCGCCAAGGAGAGAAAGGUCAACAAGAAGAAGAUGCAACAGCCCCAGCAGGCCUCCACGACCACGCCCACCCCACCCAGCAUCAGCACCCCCAGCAACGUCGCCAUGGUGACCAGCAGCAGCAAUGGUCUUGUAUCACCAUCCAUGCCGAUGUCCAUCAAAGAGGAAUACUAAGAAGGGCCCUCUCUGAUGAUUAUUGGCAGACUAUCAAAAAUAACCAUUACUCUAUGGACACCUACCAAGUACACUGGGCAAGUCUUCACUCGGCACCCCAAGAGCUUUUGAACUUAAAGAAAAGGAAAAAAAAAAAAGAACAUUUAUUGCUUGCUGCGCUUUUUUGUUAAAAACUACUAAGAGAGAGAAAAAAGAGAGAAGAGAUAUAUAUUAUAUUAUAAAUAUGAAGCUGUAUCCUUAAUGGCGUAACUUGAGUGCUGUCGCCUCUUCCACCUGUUCACUGCUCAUCAAAUGCGUCUCCUUGCUGGAAAUCCUUUGUAAAUGCUCCUGAUUUGAUACUCAGUUUGAAUGUGUGUAUGUGCGUGUGAAGAUAAUUUGUAUUAAAAAGCUUUAUUGACA